ACCAUUGAUAUCGGCAUUCGGCAUAUCGCACAAUAUUGGUUCAACUUGUUUAAUUUAUAAUUAUAAUAACUUCAGACUUCAUAAUAGAUCUUCAAUCGUAUUUCAUGAAAUACUACAAUUUCACCUGAUAGAAGCACACGGAUAAAACAUAACAUGCAUAAUAUGUUUAAGAGUAGAAAUAGUAGAGUACAAGAUUAUGACAAUCAUGUUGCUUCUAGUUUCAGACGUCCCAGCAAUGAAGAUGAAGAUGAAGUUAAACCGUCAGAAAAGGUUUACAAUGAAAACAGUCCACUUUUCAAUAAGACAGUUCCUAAAACUAUAAUAAUAGCUCAACAAAUAGCUGCUGAGAGCUUAGAAACUCAAUUAAAUACUCAAAAAAGAAAUCAGUAUUUAGCUGCAUUAAUUGCCACUAUUGGAGGGUUCAUCAUGGGUACGACACUUGGAUGGACAGCUCCCGCAGGCCCAAUGAUGGAAAACGGCCAAUACGGGUUCCAAAUUACUGUAGAAAAUAUUUCAUGGAUAGCAUCGGUCAUGCCACUUGGUGCCAUGCUUGGAUGUCCAGUUAUGGCUGGUCUAGUCAACAAAUUAGGACGUAAACAUCUAAUGAUAAUGUUAACCAUGCCUACGCUUAUUGGUUGGGCAAUGAUAUUAUGGGCUAAAUCUGUGAUAUGGAUCUGUGCAGGAAGAUUUUUAACCGGAUUUUCUAGUGGAUCUUACUCUGUUAUUGUACCUUUGUACACUUCAGAAAUAGCCGAAAAGGAAAUUCGUGGUACUUUAGGGACUUAUUUUCAGUUACAAGUUAAUGCAGGAAUUUUGUUCACCUAUUUAAUAGGAUCCUAUUUUAAUGUAUUUAAUCUAUCUGUUGCGUGUGCAAUAGUUCCAGCGAUUUAUAUAUGCUUGAUGUUUUUAAUACCAGAAAGUCCAAUUUUCUAUCUUAUGAAAGGAAAUGUUGAAAAAGCUCAAUUAUCGCUAAAAUUUUUCCGUAAGCCUGUUGUUCAUGUACAACAAGAAUUAAAUACCAUGCAGAGUGCAUUAGCUAAAGUAUAAACACAAAUAUAAGAUCACAAAUU